UUCCAUCCCUUCAUAAACCAUCACAUCUUCUAAUAGAAAUCUACAUUACGAAGAGAUGGCUUCAAAUACCAAUACCCCACUAGCUCUCUUUCUUGCACUCAACCUUUUGUUUUUUGCACUAGCCAGUGGUUGUACCACCUGCCCUAGCCCUACCCCAAAACCAAAGCCACCAUCCGCUGGAACUUGUCCCAGGGAUGCCCUUAAAUUAGGUGUAUGUGCCAAUGUGCUUGGCAAAUUACUUAAUCUAGUCGUCGGUGACCCACCAGUUAAGCCAUGCUGCAGCCUUCUCGAAGGCCUCGUUGACCUCGAGGCUGCAGUUUGCCUUUGUACAGCUAUCAAGGCUAAUGUUCUUGGAAUCAAUCUAAACGUGCCACUGUCUCUCAGUUUGCUUCUUAACGUUUGCAGCAAGAAAGUUCCAAAGGACUUCGUAUGUGCGUAAAUGAUCAACCGACAAUAUAAUUCGGCUUGUGUGUUUAAUUUGGAUUGUGAGUUUUUAGUGUUUGAUUUCUAAGUGGAAGAAAGUAUUUUAAUUUCUAUGUAAUGAUGGUUUGAAGAAUUAUUUUGUGCGAAUAAAAUUUUAUAUUUGAUGUUUUCGUUUAUUUCA